UUUUCUCAUUCAAUUUUCACUCGCUCUCAACGGUACAUUUUUCUCUUCUUUUUUUCUCUGCCAAGCUCUUCAACACUUCAAACCAAUACCUCAAUGGUUUCUCUCACGGAAAAAUCCAGAGUGGGCUCAACUCGAGCCUCUGUGGUCGCUGCUGCCGCCCAAUCUCGCCCAAGCGUGGGUGGUAGGAAAUUCAAGGUAUUUUCGGAAAUUGACCGGACUAAAGCUGGUGAUGGGAAUACGACUUCUGCCAGAGGAACAGUUGCAAAUUCAAGAAGGAGUACCGUGGUGGCUGGCAAAGGGAAUAUUCUUACCAGUACCAGUAAUCAAAAGGGUGGUCUCAAACAGAGUAUGGAUAAAAGUAGUGGCAAAUAUGGUACUUCUGUGAGAAAGGCAUUGGCUGAUGUUAGCAAUGUUGAAGAAAAGUUAACAGCAGCUGUUGGGCAUGCUAACUCAAAAAUGAAGGUUUUAACAGGUUCAAGUACAAAAAUAGUGGGUGUAUCUUUGAGGAAGUCCAUAACGGGAAGAGUGCAAAGAAAUAAUAGUAAAGCUGAUGUUCGGUUAGAUGCUCUCAAUAAAGAUGAUCAGAAGAAUAAUACAAAAGGAGGCCAAUCAAUUUUCUCCACAAAGGACAGGUUUACAUGGAAGACUACAGCUACGAGCACUACAAGGAAGUCUUUACCAGUACCAAGGAGGGUAAUCAGAGAAGAUACGAGUAUAACAAAGGAAAAUGUUAGUUCUCAAACAGCAAAAGGCCAAAGUUGUCUUCCCUCUAAGGCAACAACAAAUAGAAGAGAUAGCUCCCAACUGGUUAAUGCAAGAAGCCAUCUAUGGAAGAAUCGAGUGAGUGAUGGUUUUGUUCUGACGGUUCAGCCUAAUGUUUCACAUGCAUCCUUAAGGAAGCCUGCCAAGCCAGUCGUUAAGACCACACUGAAGGCUUCCAUUGCGCAAAGGACUUCAAAAUCUAAAUCCAUAUCAGCUCAGAGUAAAUUAGAAUCAACUAUUGCAACGUCAUCUCAGAACAAAUCCAUAUCAGCUCAGAACAAAUUAGAAUCGACUAGUGCAACCUUAUCUCAGGAAAAAGAAACAGUUUCUUUGUCUCUUCCUGGGAAUGGCUCGACAGUUUCUGAUGAUGCAAAUCAAAGACAUCUUCCGUCUGAGAGCACACUAAGAACUGAUCUGUCAGAGAUUAUUCCAAGGAAAAAAUCCAGCCGCCGAAAAUCAUAUACAAGUUCAUUAAUUGAAGGAUCUAAGUUUCUCAAGGAAAGUGAAGUUAGAGAGCAAGAUAACCUACCCAAUAUAGAUAAUGAAAGCAAUCAAUUUGAAGUUUCUGAAUACGUUGAUGACAUAUAUCAGUACUAUUGGGUUACUGAGGCACGUAAUCCAGCUCUAGCAAAUUACAUGUCAAUUCAGACUGACAUUACACCACAUUUGCGGGGCAUUUUGAUCAACUGGCUAAUUGAAGUACACUUCAAAUUUGAUUUGAUGCCAGAAACACUGUAUCUCACUGUUACGUUGCUGGAUCAAUAUCUCUCCCUGGUGACUAUCAAAAAGACUGAUAUGCAGUUAGUUGGCCUUACAGCACUUUUGCUGGCUUCAAAGUAUGAGGAUUUUUGGCAUCCUAGGGUCAAAGAUUUAAUUAGCAUCUCUGCUGGGUAUACUAGAGAUGAAAUGCUUGGAAUGGAAAAACUUAUUCUUAGAAAAUUAAAGUUCCGUCUCAAUGCUCCUACUCAUUAUGUUUUUUUGGUGCGGUUUCUGAAGGCUGGACAAUCAAAUAAAAAGAUUGAACACAUGGCAUUCUUUCUGGUUGACUUAUGCUUAGUUGAAUAUGACGCUUUAGCAUUCAAGCCUUCAUUACUUAGUGCAUCAGCUCUCUACGUUGCACGGUGUACUUUGCAAAUAUCUCCACCAUGGACCCCAUUACUUCACAAGCAUGCGCGUUAUGAAGUUUCACAGCUCAGGGAUUGUGCGGAAAUGAUACUCAAGUUCCACAAAGCUGCUGGGGUUGGAAAGUUGACAGUUGCAUACGAAAAGUACUCUAGACCAGAACUCGGUAAGGUUGCAGCAGUGAAACCUUUGGACGUACUUCCCCUGUGAUUUGGACGCACAUAAACAUGCAUGAGGAGAACCGUUGGAUGUACUGUGAUUUGAACUGUUCUCUAGUUAUACAUCUGUUACAUAAUAUGAUAUUCCUAUGAACACUCUAGUUAUAAUAUGCCUUAAGAUAGGAAUUAAAUUCGAAAAAAUCUCGAGGUUUUAUUUUCGUCGAGGUUUUCUUGUGUACAAACAUGAUUCUAGUUGUAAUGGGGUACUUUUUUUUUGUUAAAAACAAAUUGAUUACUGUUAUUAAGUCCAAUCUACGGAAUAUUUAUUAUUUA